UAAGUAGGAUAUAGAGAUUCCGAGGAGGGAGAUUAGGGAAAGCAUGGAAGAAAGAAAAGUCUCUAUAAAGAACCUUAGGGCAUUCCUCAAAUUCAAAUGAAAAUGUUGUCCUAUUAUUUAUUGUUGCACAAAUGAAACUACCUACUUCGCGCUCUGAUAUAUACUCUUCCAAACUACCACCAACAAAAAUUGACAUAUGCUUAGGUUACUGUUCAUAUAAGAGGUAGUGAUACGGACAAGCAAUAUCAACAUGUAUCUCCCUCCUAUCGCCUAUCUGCUCCUCAGCCCCAUUAUCUUCAUCAUCUCAGGCGCUCCAAUCAGCACCUACAACAGCCUAUCACCAGCUGUGUCAACAGCAACAGCAUCAGCAUCAUCUACCUCUACCUCUACCUCCUCCAGCACCGUGAUAAAAAUCACCAAACUUACACCGUUCUACUGGGUCGCUACCUUCUCCUCCGAAGGCUUCCUUUCAUCCAACUCAUCAUCGACCCAGUCCCUUCCAAUAAACCUGCAAAACAACGCCUUCUUCACCUCCUUCUAUGCUCUUUGCGACGAAAUUCUCUCAUCUAGCUCUCUGAAAGUGGUAGUUUUCACCUCAUCUUCAGAAUACUUCUUCUCCACCCACGUCGAUCUCGUGAAUCCCCUCUCCGGGCAUCUAUGGCCGGGUUCACCAAAGUACUGGGAUUGCAUUAGCCGCCUCGCAAACUCCAAUGUGCUGACGGUGGCGGCUAUAAGGGGAAUUGCGUACAAUGCGGGCGCGGAGAUUGCGGCUGUGAUGGAUGUAAGGUUUGCAAGUAAGGAGAAAGGGGUGCUUGCACAGUUGGAGGUUGGGUUUGGUAGGUAUUUUAUGAGUUACUUGCAUUUGACCACUAGCGAGGUAUAAUGAUGUAUCGAUGCUUACUGGCCUUUGUAGGAGGUAAUCCUGGCGGUGGAGGGAUUGAAAUGCUCUCUCGUCUAGCGGGCCGGAGCCGCACACUCGAGGUUGUACUAGGUUCUGAUCGUAUCGAUGCUGAUACGGCAGCUCUUUAUGGAUGUAAGAUAUUCAAACCCCAUGAUUUUUGCUUCAUGGGCCUUUUUGUAGUCCCAAACGGAGGUUAUCAUGCGUGGAUGCCACUAACAAGAUUCGAAGGGAUAAACCGUGCAAUCCCAGACUCAGAAUUCGACUUUUUCGUCGACAACUUUGCACGCCGCGUAGCAGGUUGGGAUCAUUUUGCCAUAGCCGCAUCUAAGAAGCUCAUAAAUGAGCGUUCGGGAUUUCCCACCGCUGUUCAGCAGCAAGGGAGCUUCAACUCGUUCUUGGCAGAUGUAGCCCAGGGCGCGGUGCCUGCGAGAUUGAAGGCUAUGUCUGAUGCAGGGUUGCAGAGAGAUUUGGAUUUUGAGAUCAAUUUGCAUGAGGAGGAAUUGAGGUUUGUGGGGGACGGGCCUUGGAAUGUUUAGCUGCAAUGAGAUGUGAUCUAAUUGGAGUUCUGGUGGGUAUCGGGGCGGGUGUAUAUGUUUGUCCGGAUGGAGGGUCGAUGGGUACUUUUCAUUACGUAUACGUCCGCAUUGUUUGAGUACCAAGGGCUUCAUGCUACGGAAUCUCGAAGAAAGUAAUAUGAGUUCUUACCUAGAGGAUAAUGGGCUCCGCCAAGAGACCGGCUAUCCGAAGUUUCCCAAUAGUUACUUUUCCUCACUGUGAUUUUGAAAAUUUAUUAUUAUCGGCUUGCCAAUACCAAAACCUUGCUGUAUGUGUAGUGUAUUACAAUUUACCCAAUAUAGAUUGUAGAAAAUGAAAAACUUGUUUAAAUAAAUUGCGAUUCUGAUAAUC